AUGCCAGUAUCAAGCGCAGAAGCCUCUCAACAUCCGAACAAGCUCCGGCUUCUGGAGACUGCUCGCGAAUUCUUUGCCGAAGUUGAGAAUCUCACACCCGGAAAGGAGCUCGAACAAUACCUGAACGAGAACUACGGACCAGGAAACAAAUACUACGAGACCUUCUGCUCCCUUGUCCGCCAAGGCAUCGAAAACAACGAAGACUGGAUAGCGGUGGACGAGCUCGAUGGACGGAAGUAUCGGCGCAGCAGGAUCAUGUCGCCGUGCGAGGAGUCCCGGUAUUUCAGCAUCACGAGUGUCUAUAUGGACAGUGUGGAGGAAUACUCGGGCCAGUACCAUCAGCACCCGUAUGGCGAGAUCAAUUGCGUGGUGCAGCUCACGCCGGGGGCAGAGCUGAAGGGCAUGUCGGGCUGGCAGGGCGCUGGAUGGACUUCACCGGGUCCAGGCACGCACCAUUAUCCCCAGGUCAGGGGAGGUGCACUUGUUGCUCUUUUCUUUUUGCCCGCGGGUCGGAUCUCCUAUGCGGCGACCCCCGAUAUGCCGCAGCCUGUGUCUAUCUAA